AUAACACAUCUCUAAAUCGUACUGUUCGCGCCGAUCGCAAAGAGCUGUUUGGAAUGUUGUGAAAUUUAUUGUUUUGUAUUAUCGUAGUCCUUUUUUUGUGUGUCUUGAUAAAUGGAUGAGAAGCGCUACCUGAAGCGCAAGGAAAAGGCGCGAAUCGAUGGCAAUCGAGAUCAGGUGGCUAUAUCGUGCAACCAGUUGGGCGACUUCUACAACCAGCUCGGAAAAUACAACGAUGCGGUCAGGGAAUAUGUCCAGGAGGCCCAGAUAUAUGCCUCCAUGGGCAAGGAGCUGGAGACGGCGAAGGCCAAGCGGAUGGUAGGCGAGAUGUACACCCUGCUCUGUGAUUACGAUGCGGCCAAGGAUCACAUCAACGAUUAUCUGAAGAUUGCCAAGCGGUUAAAGAACCAAGUGGAGGAACAGCGGGCAUAUGCUACGCUAGGAAGAGUGCAUCUGCUACAUGGACAAAGUCUGGCAGACAGUUCCGCUUCUGGAGCAAUGGAGCAACUGAAGCUGGCGGAGAAGAGCUUCCUUCGCAGUCUACUUCUCAUUAAAGAGCUUUCGGGUCAGAUAUCAAAACUGGAACAACUUGACAUGCAAGCUCGCUGCUACCUGAACAUCGGCGUGGUGAAGGAGCACAUGGAGGCUUUCCAAGAAUCAAUCGAAUACAUCGAAAAAGCCAUCAAGAUCAGCAAAACGCAUGAACUGUGGGAUCUGACCCACUUGUGCUACAUUUCGAUGAGCUUGCUCUUCAACUGCAAAAAGAAUGAUGCAACUUCGGCUCUUCGUUUCUGCAAUAUGGCUUUGGAGGUGGCCAAACGGCUGCCCAACAAGGUAAAAAAGAUCUGCGAGACACUGAUUACCAAAGCGGAAAUCCUGAUCAAGGCGGGUGACUUUGCCAGCGCCAAGCAAAUUCUUACCAAGGCCUACAAGAAAAACACGCCGGAUGAGAACGAUCGCGCGAGUAUCGAGAAGCAAUUGAGGAUUGUGGUGAAGAUUUGCCAAACGCUAGAUGAGUUGGUACUCACUAGCUCCGUGGACUACGGCAAGUUGAAGGGUUUGUACGAGAAACUGGGCGAUGGUUGCUGCCAUCUGAUGAACUACGAAAGUGCUCUGACCUAUUACCAAAAGAUGUUGGAGAGUGCAGAACUGAAUCAGGAGAGCGGUAAAAGCCUGGUGCCCAUCUACGUAAGUCUCUAUCAGACUUAUCGAGAUAGCGGGCAGUUCGACAAGGCCUUGGAAUAUUUGUGGAAGGAGUAUGAGUUGAACCAGGAUGUUCCCUCGGAGGCCUUCACCACACUUUGCACCAUUGCCGAAAUAUGUGAGCAGCAGUCACAUCCCUUUUGGACUAUCCACGACAUCUACCAAAAGGCCUUGCGCCAAGCCGAGAAAGCUGGCAGCUCAUCUGAAAAACUAGAGAAGAUUGCAAUGGUAAGAUUAAGACGCCUAAUGACAAAGCACAAUAUGCAAGUGUUAGUUGAAAACCUAGAAGCGGAUGCCACAGCCAAGGGCAUUGAUUUGGACCAGGAGGAAAGCCUGGGAGACGAUGAUGAGGAUGCCGAAGCUGGCGGCGCUGCUGUGCAGCAAAAUACUCCCGACUGGGAUGACGACUUUGACCUGACCACUCUAACCGACUCGGAUGCGAGUGAUCUGGAUGAGAGCGAGAAGCCGCGUCCCCAAAGAACAACACGUGGAAGCCGAACUCUAGUCAUCAAGAAGAACAAUAAGGGCGAAACGCAAUUGCAUCAGGCGUGCAUAUCCGGAAAUCUCGAGUUAGCCAGACGACUUAUCGAGCAGGGUCACACGGUGAAUGUGCGGGAUCACGCUGGCUGGCUGCCACUGCACGAGGCCGCAAACCAUGGUUAUCGUGAGAUCGUGGAGCUCCUCCUGGACAAAGGAGCGGCAUCUGCGAUCAACGACAAAGGCGGCACCAGUUGCGAUGGCAUUACUCCCCUGUUCGACGCCUGCUCUAAUGGGUUUCUCGAUGUGGCCGAACUCCUGCUAGAUCGUGGGGCGGAUGCCACUGUGCGAACGGAUUACAACGAAACCUGCAUCGCUGGCUUGGACAAGUGGCGCCAGUCAGCGCGACUGGUGGAUGGCGAGCAGGCACAGUACGCCCAACUGCGAGAGCGCCUCCUUCGCACGCUUUCCAAGGUGGGCAUCUGCAGUGAUCGGAAUGCCCGCCCUCUGACCAAUGCCAAUGUAAAAAGGGCUAGCACAGAAGAAAGCGGCAGCGUAUCCGAGGAAGAGGAUGAAGAGGAGGCCCUUCAAGAGAGCAAUCGACGAUCUCUCAGUCACAACCGUUCGGGAAGUGAAUAUGGAGUUAAGAAAUCUGGUAGCUCCACCCAACCAAGUGCCAGCAAGGAAUACAGGAGUGUUAUGGCACAGCUAAAAAGACCAAAUCGCCUAAGCGAUGAUCCUCCUUGUAACAGCGCUUCCAGCAAACAAAAACGCAACGCCUUUCUGAACGAAGACGAGGUGGAUGCCGAUAACUGGCUCAUCGAUGAUGUGGGUCCGGAACGUAAACGAAAGCGCAUCAACUCGGGAGACUUUAAUAUCCGUCCGGCCAAGGAGAAUUUUCAGGACUCUGCCUUGUCGCUGCAGGCAAACUGGGAAGAUGAUCUUCUCCAGGCCACGCCUGAGACGGAUUACUCGCAGCGGCAGAAGCAAAUGCGUAAGCUUACCCUCUCCCGCUCCUCCAGUAUGAGUAGCAACCAUAGCAGUUCAGCUGCUCCUCCUCGAAGAAAGCAUCAAGCAACGCUGAUGGACAGCGGCUUCAGUCGCUUCCGCAGCGAGAGUCCCCUUGGCAGUGAGUCCUCGCAUGAUGGCACCGCAUCUGUGAUUAGUCUACGUACCAUUGAACCAGACUCCACCACGAGCACUAUUCAACUACUCAUCUCUCCGUCCAAAUCGUCACCUAUUAAAGUACAAACUACUACCGCGUUGGCUACCACUGUCUCCUUUAAAGUUAAAGUGCAGGAUGAGCUGCUAUUAGUUCCCAUCGAACGCAAGAAACUCCAGGAUAUUAACAUACGCUGGCUGGCUGAGGAAGCUGGAAGGCGCUAUAACAAGUUGACAGGCCUAACACCGCUCCUGCGUCUCAAAACUGCUGAUGGUUUCGCCUACGAGGAAAUGGAUCCUGUGAGUGUGGCUCUCGAGCAGAAUAUGCUAAUGGCAACUAUUCUAGACUGGAAAAUAUCCCCGCUUUCGCAACGAUAUGAGGAAAUGUGUCAUCAAGUGCAGAAGCCUGUGGACAACAAGGUUAAGCUGCUUUUAGAGCGUUCGCAAAACACACUAAUGUUGGAGCUCUCUGGCUUGUGGAUGAGGGCACAAAAAACUGAACCGAUAUUUAAAGCACUUCUCCAUCAAGCGCGUUUAACGGUUUUGGAUCUCUCGCGAAACUUUAUUGGUGACGAGGGGUGUCAACAGUUGGCCAAGUCACUGCCCACAUUACUCCAACUCAAGGCACUCCGAUUGCAAUGCAAUGGAAUUGGAUCCCAGGGAUUGGAUGCCCUGCUCUACGUUCAAGGCAUUGAGAAACUGGAGUUCUUGGAAGAGCUAAACCUGAGCCAGAAUCCGCUGGGCAAUGCAAGCCUUAGGAUACUCCACAGAUUUUGUGAAAGUCCCGCUGGUCGAGCUCUUACAUUCCUAAGCAUUGCUCAAUGUGAUCUGACAGAGCUGCAGGAUUUCGACUUGGGUUUCAACCAAAUGACGCGAUUUGACAUUAGCUUUAACCAGCUUAGCCAGCAAAGUGUGCGCCGAUUAACGGAUCAGUUGAAUAGUUGCCGCCUGGAGCACUUAAAUUUCAGUUAUGUCCGAUGGCCGCUAGACGAGGCUAGUGGAUUUGCUUUGGGCGAGCGAUUGGUUUCCCUUCUGGAAGGCGGCACGUGUGAACGAUUUGUCCGUGUGGAACUCGCUGGUUGCGGAUUGAAUGAUGCGCACCUGUACAAGAUUAGCCAGCACCUGGCCAAAGCCACUCAACUGCAAUGGCUGGAUAUCAGUGAUAAUGUAGGAUUAAGUGGAACAGCCCUUGGAUAUUUACUUGAUGAACUUCCGCAAUUGCGGACGCUCUUGGCCACGAACUGUACAAAUCUUUUGGACGACACCCGCAUCCAGAAAAUCGAACAACAGAAGCAGCUGCCCAGGCGCUUGGAUCUAACCGUUGACGAGCAGGUGUUCUCCAUGCCUGGUGUUCUGGAGACCCUGGAGUCCAUUUGGCAGCUGCAAUUUGGCGACAAGGCCAAGAUGUUAACCACAUCAAACAGACGGAAAAGUGGCAGGCGAUACAAGGGACUCCUCAGGCUUUUGGCUGACGGAAACGAUGCGGAAUUAUGAAGUCUCAUCAUGUAUAGAAUCUUUUCAUUAUGUUUUGUGUCCAAAGUAUUUUUUAUUGUUUGACAAUCAUAAAGCAAAUCUGAGUACA